UUGUUUUGAAAGGUGUUUAUCCACAUCCGGAGGCCGCCGCUCGUCCCGCCUUCAUCUUCCACGCACCUCUCCGUCCUUUGGUACUUAGUCUCCUGUCUGCAGCAGCCGCUCGCUCUGCCAAGUUCUCCACAGCUCUACCCAGCGACAGGCGAGUCACAGCAACUUCGUGUCACCACCAGCAUCAUGUCUUCUGGAAACGCCAAAAUCGGCAAACCUGCCCCUGCAUUCAAAGCCACAGCUGUAGUGGACGGACAGUUCAAGGACAUCCAGCUGUCCGAUUACAAAGGGAAGUAUGUGGUCCUGUUCUUCUACCCCCUGGACUUCACGUUUGUGUGUCCCACUGAGAUUGUGGCUUUCAGCGACAGGGCAGAGGAGUUCCGCAAUAUCGGCUGUGAGGUUAUUGGCUGCUCCAUAGACUCUCAUUUCAGCCACUUGGCAUGGAUAAACACACCCAGGAAGCAGGGAGGUCUAGGUAACAUGAAAAUCCCUCUUUUGGCAGACCUCACCAAGUCAAUCUCCACAGACUAUGGUGUGCUGAAGGAGGACGACGGCAUCGCAUACAGGGGGCUAUUUGUGAUCGAUGAUAAGGGCACCCUGAGGCAGAUCACAAUCAAUGACUUACCUGUGGGUCGCUCUGUGGACGAGACUCUGCGUCUAGUCCAGGCCUUCCAGCACACAGAUAAAUAUGGAGAAGUGUGCCCUGCUGGCUGGAAACCUGGAAACGAUACCAUCAUCCCAGACGUCCAAAAGAGCAAAGAAUUCUUCUCCAAGCAGUAAAUGUGAAGCUCUCCUACCUGACUUUCUAACCAUAGCACUUGCAUUCAAAUGAGCGGCUCGGUGUGAAGCAGUAUCUCAUGGCGUCCAGUCUAAUGAUUUAACCCAACAAAUCUUCAGAAGUUGUUAGGAAAAGAAAUCCGAAACACGUACUUCCAAAGUACAGUGAGAUGACCUCAUAGUCUCAGGCACUGAAGUGUAGUAGUUCUGUUCCUUUUUCAGAAGAAGUAUCCAUAUUUUUCUUGCUGUCAUGUUACCAACUUCAAUAAAGCUUUGGGAAGUUUGA